AUGGGCGCCUCGAUCCACUUGGUGGUGAUUCCUAUUUUCGGCUGGCUGGUGGCGCGAUUUGGGUCUGAUCAUGCGCCCGUCGUGGCCAGCACACUCUUGCUGGUCGUUUGGCAGGGCUUGCGGCUUAUCCACACAGAUUGGAACCUGCCCAUCUUCAAUGUCCUCGCGCCAGUUCUUCCUCAGCACCUUUUACACCUAUGUGUCCACAACGUUCCCGCCGGAGGUCUUCGCGACGCUUGCAGGGCUGCCGCCCCUCUUCGCAGGCGCAUCAUCCUUUUGGUGACUCCCUUGCUUGGACUCGUGCUCCGGGAGUUUGCAGGGGAUUUCACAGUCAUGAUCAUGAUUCAGCUCUGCAUUGCGGCCGCUAUGCUAGGACUGUGCUGCUUUGGUUGGCUACGGCAUCGCCUUUGCCCCACAGCCGCCGUAGAGACUGAAGUUGGCAUUGAAGAUGCUAAACUCUGA